CGCCGCCGCACGGUCCCCACGAGGCGAGCGACCCUCGGGCCUUGGGCGGCGGCGGCUGCAACGAGGAAAAGAAGGGCGGCGCAGAAACCAGGACAGUGUAGUCAGCAGCAGCCGUUCGGCCCCGUGAGGAAAAGAGGCUGUGGCAGCGACGCCGACGUCCUGCGCGUACCCCCUCUCCGCGGUACCCACCGGGCCCCCUCCUCCUCCUCCUCCUCCUCCUCCUCGGCGGCGGCGGCGGCGGCGGCGGCGGCAGCAGCAGCAGCAGCGGCCACCAUCUUCCUCUUGCUGCCAGUGGUAGCGCUCGUCUGGCGGAGCUGGGGCUGAAAGACACACAGAAGUCUUCAUGGAUAUAGUUGAUACAUUUAAUCAUUUAAUUCCUACUGAACACUUAGAUGAUGCCCUAUUUCUAGGAUCCAACCUGGAGAAUGAAGUCUGUGAGGAUUUUAGUACAAGUCAAAAUGUCUUAGAGGACUCGCUGAAGAACAUGCUCAGCGAUAAGGAUCCUAUGCUAGGAUCUGCAAGUAACCAGUUCUGUUUGCCUGUUUUGGAUAGCAAUGAUCCCAAUUUCCAGAUGCCUUGUUCAACAGUUGUUGGUCUUGACGAUAUUAUGGACGAAGGAGUUGUUAAAGAAAGUGGCAAUGAUACGAUUGAUGAAGAAGAACUGAUUUUACCUAACAGAAAUUUGAGGGACAAAGUAGAAGACAAUUCAGUGAGAUCACCAAGAAAAUCACCUCGUUUAAUGGCACAAGAACAAGUAAGAAGUUUGCGACAGAGCACUAUUGCCAAGCGUUCAAAUACAGCACCUUUAAAUAGCACAAAAAAAGCAUCUGUGAAGACUGUAUCUGCUCCUAAAGCAGGGGUGAAACAACCAGAAAGGGGUCAGAGUAAAGAAGAAGCUUGUACAUCACCGAAAUCUGAGUACCAUAAAGAGAGCAGAAGAAGCAGCCGACAUAUUGGACAAAUUGAAGCGGUACCAGAAGUAUCUGUGUCUUUAAGUCAUUCUUCAGUGCCAUCUUGUCUUGAAAUGGAGGAGGAAACUGGAUUAGAUUCUAAGCAGAAGUGUAAUAAUCAAGGAAAGGCAAAUGUGCCAUCUCAUGAAUUAAAUUGUCCACUCCUUUCAGAGACUUGUGAUAGUAUUGAAGAAAAGAAAACUGAAGCUAUGAUGGAAUGUAAAAUCAAGACUGUUAGUAGCCCAUUAUUUAAGUUUUCAGAUAAAGAAGAACCUGAACAGAAUGAUUCUACUUCAGAUAAAAUGGAUGAGACUGUUGUUGAAGAAAAGAGGGCAAAAGGAAAAGUUGAAGAAGAAUCAAAGGAAAUAGUAAAAUUAUCCCAUGAAGGUGACCAAAUUGUUGAGGAACCUGCAUCUUCUGCUGCUCUCUCUGGUGAUGCUGCUUAUACAAAUCCAAAUAAGACUGAAAAAAACCUUGUAGGUUUGUCCAGUUCUGUGGAUGAAGUAAAUGAAUGUAAUUUGGAAUUGAAGAAUACCAUGGAAACUCCUGAUAAAGCUAAGAACUCCCUUCAUAGAAAUGAAGUAGAACCAUUGAGUUAUUGUAAAGACAUAGAGUCUAAUCAUAAGCAGUUGGAGAACACUGAAUUUGAUAAUUCAAACUUAGAGGUGGUUGAUACAAGUGCUUUUGAACCAGAAAGUAAUAUUUUAGAAAAUGCUAUUUGCAAUGCACCUGACCAAAAUUCAGAACAGUUGAAUAUUGUUGAAAGUAUUAAAAUGGAUUCUCAUGAAACAGCAAACCUUCAAGAUGACAGAAACAGCCCUUCAAGUAGUGUUUCUUGCUUAGAGUCAAAAAACAUAAAAUCCAAACACACAAAACUUGUAAUUCAUUCUAAGCAAAAUAUGACCACAGAUACUCUGAAAAAAAUUGUUGCAACAAAGCAUGAAUUAAUGCAUAACAAAGCUAAAGUUAAUGUCAAAAGUGUGAAACGAAAUGCAGAUGAACCAGAAUCUCAGCAAAAUUUUCAUAGGCCAGUCAAAGUGAGAAAAAAACAAGUUGAUAAGGAUUUAAAGAUUCAGAGUUUCAAUUCUGGGGUUAAAUCUUUGAAAAAUCAAGCUCAUUCUAUAUCUAAAAAAAAACAAGAUCAAAAUUUAGUACAAAUUUCUAAACCUGUAACUCAUUCUUUGAGUGAUAGACUUCAUGGUCAUCCUGGUUGCUCUAAAGAACAUCAUCCUCCUACACAAACUGGACAUUUAUUACAUGCCUGCCAGAAACAGUGCCAUAAACCCCAGCAGCUGGCUCUAGCAGUGAAAACCAAUAGUCAUGUAAAGGAAGUACUUGAACAUGCUGGUGGUAUAGAACAUUUUAAGGAGGAGGAUAAACUGAAACUAAAAAAACCUGAGAAGAACCUACAACCUCGCCAAAGAAGAAGCAGCAAAAGUUUUUCUUUGGAUGAGCCACCAUUGUUCAUUCCAGAUAACAUAGCUACCAUAAAAAGAGAAGGCUCAGAUCAUAGCUCUUCAUUUGAAAGCAAAUAUAUGUGGACUCCCAGCAAGCAGUGUGGGUUUUGCAAAAAACCACAUGGCAACAGGUUUAUGGUUGGCUGUGGGAGAUGCGAUGACUGGUUUCAUGGUGAUUGUGUUGGAUUAAGUCUUUCUCAAGCACAGCAAAUGGGAGAGGAGGACAAAGAAUACGUGUGUGUGAAAUGUUGUGCUGAAGAAGAUAAAAAGACUGAAAUAGUGGAUUCAGAUAUUUUGGAAAACCAAGCUAAAGUUGAAGGCCUGAGUGAAGAUAAAACAAUGGAGUAUGAAAAGCUUGGAUUAUCAAAGCACACACCAACAAAUGACAAAACCAAAUACAUAGAUGACACAGUGAAGCACAAGGUCAAAAUUUUAAAACGGGAAUCUGGCGAAGGCAAAAACUCAUCAGACUGUAGAGAUAGUGAAGUAAAAAAAUGGCAGCUAGCUCCUCUUCGAAAGAUGGGACAACCAGUUUUACCUCGGAGAUCCUCAGAAGAAAAAAGUGAAAAAAUACCAAAAGAGUCUAUAACUGUUACAUGCACAGGGGACAAAGCUUCAAAACCAGGUGCUCAUGAGAAGCAAGAGAUAAAAAAGAAGAAAAUUGAAAAAGGAGUAUCUAAUGUGCAUCUUCCUGCUGCUUCUGCUUGUAAGCCCUCUGCAGACCAGAUCAGACAAAGUGUCAGACAUUCUCUCAAAGAUAUUCUUAUGAAAAGACUUACAGACUCAAAUCUGAAGGUACCAGAGGAAAAGGCAGCAAAAGUUGCCACAAAAAUUGAAAAAGAGCUUUUCUCUUUUUUUCGGGACACAGAUGCUAAAUAUAAGAACAAAUAUAGAAGUUUGAUGUUCAAUCUGAAAGAUCCUAAAAACAAUAUAUUGUUUAAAAAAGUACUGAAAGGAGAAGUAACUCCUGAUCAUCUUAUAAGGAUGAGUCCAGAAGAACUAGCUUCUAAAGAGUUAGCUGCUUGGAGACGAAGAGAAAACAGACAUACCAUAGAGAUGAUUGAGAAAGAGCAGAGAGAAGUCGAAAGACGGCCAAUCACAAAAAUAACUCAUAAAGGUGAAAUAGAAAUUGAAAGUGAUGCUCCAAUGAAAGAACAGGAAGCUGCCAUGGAGAUUCAGGAACCUACAGCUAAUAAGUCAUUGGAGAAGAUAGAAGGAUCUGAGAAACAAAAAGAAGAGAUUGACUCCAUGUCCAAAGAUACUACUAGUCAGCACAGACAGCAUCUUUUUGAUCUUAACUGCAAAAUUUGCAUAGGUCGAAUGGCACCACCUGUAGAUGAUCUUUCUCCAAAAAAAGUGAAAGUUGUUGUUGGAGUAUCUCGAAAACAUUCAGACAAUGAGGCAGAAAGUAUAGCAGAUGCAUUGUCUUCAACCUCAAAUAUUUUGGCUUCUGAAUUCUUUGAGGAGGAGAAACAAGAAUCUCCGAAGUCAACAUUCUCUCCUGCUCCACGUCCAGAGAUGCCUGGAACUGUUGAAGUUGAGUCUACAUUCCUGGCUCGAUUGAACUUCAUCUGGAAAGGUUUUAUCAACAUGCCUUCUGUGGCAAAAUUUGUUACCAAAGCCUACCCAGUGUCUGGUUCCCCUGAAUACUUGACAGAGGAUCUACCAGAUAGUAUUCAAGUAGGUGGCAGGAUAUCACCUCAGACAGUUUGGGAUUAUGUGGAAAAAAUUAAAGCAUCAGGAACGAAGGAAAUUUGUGUGGUUCGCUUCACACCUGUAACUGAAGAAGAUCAAAUUUCUUAUACUUUGCUGUUUGCAUACUUCAGUAGUAGAAAGCGCUAUGGAGUAGCUGCUAACAACAUGAAGCAGGUUAAAGAUAUGUACCUUAUUCCUUUGGGUGCCACAGAUAAAAUUCCACACCCUCUUGUGCCUUUUGAUGGACCCGGGCUUGAACUACACAGACCUAAUCUGUUGUUGGGCUUAAUUAUUCGUCAAAAACUGAAGCGACAACACAGCGCUAGUGCUAGUGCUAGUGCUAGUACUAGUGCCAGUGCUAGUGCUAGUGCUAGUGCUAGUACUAGUCAUACCGCUGAGACUCCUGAAAGUGUACCAAUGGCAUUGCCACCUGAUAAAAAAACUAAAAUAGACGUUUCCACAGAGGAAGCAGCAGAGGAAGAAAAUGACUUUUUUAAUUCUUUUACAACUGUGUUACACAAGCAGAGAAAUAAGCCUCAGCAGACUCUUCAGGAAGACCUUCCAACAGUACUGGAACCUUUAGUGGAAGUCGCCAAACAGGAGCCACCAAAACCUUUAAGAUUCCUUCCUGGGGUAUUGAUUGGUUGGGAAAAUCAGCCUUCUACUCUGGAAUUAGCAAAUAAACCUCUUCCUGUGGAUGAUAUACUUCAGAGCCUUUUGGGUACUACUGGUCAAGUAUAUGAACAGUCUCAGUCAAUGGUAGAACAAAAUACCCUUAAAGAAAUUCCAUUUAUAAAUGAGCAAGCCAAUUCCAAAGCUGAGAUAAUAGAUAAAGUGGAAGUAACUGAUGGUGAAGCCAAGGAGGUAAAGGUUAAGAUAGAUAAUCUUUCAGAAUCUACAGGUAACUCGGUACUAGUAGAAGAAACUUCAGUAACGGGGUCCUCUUCCAUUUCUCCGGGACCUUUGCCGAGUCUUAGUCUCAGAGGUAAACCACCAGAUGUUUCUACAGAAGUAUUCUUAACAAAUUUAUCAAUUCAGUCAAAACAAGAGGAAACUGUGGAGAAUAAAGAGAGAACAUUAAAAAGACAGCUGCCGCAAGAUCAAGAGAAUAAUUUGCAAGAUAAUCAGACUUCAAAUACUAGUUCUCCGUGCAGGUCUAAUGUAGGAAAAGGAAAUGCAGAUGGCAGUGUGAGUUGUAAUGAAAAUCUGGUUGCUAGUUCGGCAAGGUCCCCACAGUUUAUCAACUUGAAAAGGGAUCCUAGGCAAGCAGCAGGACGAAGUCAGCAGAUAACUGCUCCAGAAAGCAAAGAUGGAGAUAGUUGCCGGAAUGGAGAAAAACUCAGCCUGCCUGGUCUGUCACACAAGGAGCACCUAACAGAACAAAUCAAUGUAGAGGAAAAGUUGCCUUCUGCAGAGAAAAACUCAUGUGUUCAGCAGAGUGAUAAUUCAGGGGUUGCACAAAACUCAGCAUCAGUAGAAAACAUACAUACUUCUCAAACAGAACAAGUAAAACCCUUACAGGAGGAUAUUUUAAUGCAAAAUAUUGAAACUGUGCACCCAUUUCGAAGAGGAGCAGCAGCAACAUCAUCUCAUUUUGAAGUCGGAAACACAAAUCAAUCAGAAUUUUCUUCUAAAAGCAUCAGCUUUACUUCCAGAAGCACCAGCCCCAGAACGAGUACAAACUUUACACCAAUGAGGCCACAGCAAUCCAACCUUCAGCAUCUCAAGUCUAACCCCCCUGGAUUUCCAUUUCCAGGGCCUCCUAAUUUCCCCUCACAAAGCAUGUUUGGAUUUCCACCACAUUUGCCACCUCCAUUACUUCCCCCUCCAGGCUUUGGCUUUCCUCAAAAUCCCAUGGUUCCCUGGCCACCUGUUGUUCAUUUGACAGGCCAACCUCAACGUAUGAUGGGUCCCCUUUCACAAACAGCAAGGUAUAUAGGCCCACAAAAUUUUUACCAGGUUAAAGACAUUCGAAGACCAGAAAGGCGUCAUAGUGACCCUUGGGGUAGGCAAGACCAACAGCAACUGGAUAGGCAGUUUAAUAGGGGCAAAGGAGAUCGCCAGAGAUUUUAUAGCGAUUCGCACCACUUGAAAAGAGAGCGACAUGAAAAGGAAUGGGAGCAAGAAUCUGAAAGGCAUAGACGCAGAGACAGAACCCAAGAGAAGGACAGAGACAGAAAAAGCAGGGAGGAAGGGCACAAAGAUAAAGAGAGGGCACGGUUAUCACACAGUGAUCGAGGAGCAGAUGGAAAAGCAAGCAGAGAUAGUAGGAAUGUAGACAAGAAACCAGAUAAACCUAAAAGUGAAGACCAUGAAAAAGACAAAGAGCGAGAGAAAAGUAAACAUAGAGAAGGAGAAAAGGACAGAGACAGGUACCACAAAGAUAGGGACCACACUGACAGAGCUAAAAGCAAAAGGUAAAAUUUGCAGGCUGCUUCAGGAUUACAUUUAAGUAACUGUUAAAUAUUGUAUCUUAAAAACUUUGAUUGCCUGCUAAGAUUGUGCCAUCUUUUAAAUUUUUAAUAUUGGUGGUUUGCAGAACAAUAAAUCCUGUGUGUUGGUGCAGAGUGCUCUGUACCAGUGCUCAUCAUCCCUUCAUACCAACUGUCUCUAGCUAUAGGAAUUUGAUAUUUUUAAAAGUUUUACAUUGCUGUAUAUUCAAAGAUUUGUUUUAUUAAUAUGCAAUAAAGGCUUAGAAAUUUUAGUUUUAUUCCUUAAUUGGUAAAUAUGGUUAACUAUGGAAUAUAUUUACUGCCUCUAGUGAAUGUUCUUUAUAUGACUAAUUUGAGAGUAAUGUGUGCUCUGUAAGUUUGUUUUAAAUUGCACUGUUUUUAAAGAAACUGUAGAGAAGCAACAAAAAGGCAAGCAACUUCAUAAUCAGAUUAUAUUAAUCAGUUAGUUGAGCAGUUUUUGACCAAGAAUCGGAAGCCCAAGGAGGACAUUUACUGCUUUAAUCUGCACUCAUUGAAGGCAUUUAUUACCAUAUACACUAUAGCUUUGUGGUAGGCCAUUAUUUUCCUUUUUUUUUUUUUUUUUUGGCUCUUCAGAAACUUGAAUACUUAAGCUUGUACAUGAUCUUGUGUUUUGCUAUCCUUUUUACUGUAAAAUGUAAAUAUUUUAAGGGAUAUUUUGAUUCUAAAUAUGAUAAAAGAAUUUCUCACCUAUUUUGUGUGUGUGAUUUGAAAUUCAGUAGUAAAAGAAUUUCUUAAAAGCUUUAA